CUAAAGUUUCCAGUUAGCAGCUUGCAAAAAAUGUCAUGCAACCAUGUUUCCCUGUUGUUAACUCCGUUCUCUUCCUUGUGUCGUCUUCAGAUUUUUUCCUGGCCUGCCAAAAUAGAUCUUCACCUUCAAAAAUCAAAAAGAGAGCGGAUGAACAGAGCAAUUACAGGAAUAAUCUCCAGAGAUGUUCUCCAGAUAUUUUUACUUCUUCAGUCUCUGUCUUUUCCUCCCAACACAAAGGAGGUGCUCCCUGGGUCACGUACCUGACUUGCACAGCAGCGACACAACAUCCCUCCCUGGAUUUGAGAACCUCACCAUGGGAUACAACAAAUACCUCCGGCCCUACUUUGGUGGAGAACCUGUUCAAAUUGCAAUGAGUAUGGACAUUGCCAGUAUUUCUAGUAUAUCUGAGAGCAACAUGGAUUACACAGCUACUAUAUAUUUGCGGCAGCGCUGGACAGACCCCCGGCUGGUCUUCCACGGCAACAAGAGCUUCACCCUAGAUGCUCGUCUAGUGGAAUUGCUCUGGGUACCAGACACAUACAUUGUGGAGUCCAAAAGGUCCUUCCUGCACGAUGUUACUGUGGGGAACCGCCUCAUAAGAUUGUUCGCUAAUGGCACUAUCUUGUACGCCCUAAGAAUCACUACCACUGUUGCUUGUAAUAUGGACCUGUCAAAAUAUCCCAUGGACACACAAACAUGCAGACUGCAGCUAGAAAGCUGGGGAUAUGAUGAAAAUGAUGUCAUCUUCACAUGGUUGAGAGGAAACGACUCUGUCCAUGGCAUAGAAAAGUUGCGGCUCUCUCAGUACACGGUGGAACAUUACUAUACCCUGGUCUCCAAGUCACAGCAGGAAACAGGCAGUUACCCACGACUGAUACUGCAGUUUGAGCUCAGAAGAAACGUCCUUUACUUCAUUUUGGAGACCUAUGUGCCCUCCACUCUGCUUGUCAUGUUGUCCUGGGUUUCUUUUUGGAUCACGUUGGAUUCAGUGCCUGCAAGAACCUGCAUUGGAGUAACAACGGUGCUUUCUAUGACAACUCUGAUGAUCGGCUCACGAAGUUCACUUUCAAAAACCAACUGUUUCAUUAAGGCCAUUGAUGUUUACCUCGGCAUCUGCUUCAGCUUCAUCUUUGGUGCCCUUGUGGAAUAUGCAGUGGCUCACUACAGCUCAUCACAAAAGUGUGCAGCUAAAGCACCGCCAAAGGGGCCUACAAAUGAACUCACUAAAGAAAUGGAAGAAGUCAAAUUCACUAACAUCCUCAACAGCUCCAUCACCAGCUACAAACAGAAAAUCAGCUUUACAAGCGUUGAGAUUUCCAGCGAUAAUGUCAACUGCAGUGACUUGACCAUGAAAACUCAUGAGAAAAUCAAAUGUGUCUUGAGAAACAAAAUGCACAGGAUUAUUGGUUAUUUCACAAUUCAGAACCCCAGCAACGUAGACCACUACUCCAAAUUGCUUUUUCCUUUGUUUUUCAUGCUGGUCAAUGUGUUUUAUUGGGCUUAUUACCUAUAUUUUUAGUAGAAAUAAGUCACUUCAUUCUCCUACUUCAGCAGGAGAGAAAUGGUGCCGAUGGGCAUUAAGGUACCUAACCUCAGUGAAUCCAGUGUGGACGAAUGGUCUGUUGUGUUUCCUGAGGCACAGAGCAGAAGAGUGUGUGAGGUACACAAGAUGCGAAGCCUUGGUGCUUCAGCAUUAGCAACGUUGACUCUGGACAACUGCUUGUUCAGCUGAGUGGCUGUGCUGAGCUCUUCUGCUCGAACCUGCUUUUCAUGCCAGCCUCCAGCCCCUCCAGGCCAGGGCUGGCUGUGUAGGACUGCGUGUGGCAGGCCAAUGAGUGCUACACGUGGUAGAAUUAUUUUGUUAGUCUGAAGCAGGCUGGAACCUUCUCAUUUAGAUCUCCAAGAGGAUGUAGGAUUAUAGCUGUUCUUCUUUGCCAGAGAUAACAGGAACAGAGGGACUGGGGUUGCUGUCUCAAUAGCUCCUCUGUUCAAGUGAGAGAACCCGAAGGCAGCAGCGUGCCAUGCGCACAAGAAUGGCUCCCGUGCCCGGUGCUUCCGUGUCCCAGGGGUGGUGCGGUGCCAGGCUGGUGACAGCAGCGCUGGUGGCAUUGGCGCAGUGGUAUGCCUCCUGUCAGACUCAUUGAGGUAAUCCUCACUUGCUGAAGUUAUCCAUCCCUGAGACAGACGGCAGGCUUUUUGUUUGUAGAGCUGCAUUUUUUCAGAGACUUGGGAACAAAAUACAGGCAGCAGAAUUGUUUUGUAACCUAUCUCUUACACUCUUCUCAUUGUACUGCAGUUGAACAGAUUCUACCACCUUCCACAUCUUCCUCAAAAAUUAUUUUUCAUCCCGGAGAGUGCCUCCUUCAGCUUGCACUGCUACAAGCAGCUCUCCUUUCUUGCCAGCCAUAUGCAAGAGUGGCCAGUUUGCGUCCCCUCUUCUAUGUGGCUGUGCAGCUGUGGCAAGUCAGCAGUGCUGCUGGAUGAAAACCCCGUGCGUGGGCUGGGGUACAAUGAUCUAAAUCAGCCUGUCACUCUGUAUUUUAGGCUAAAACAGUGUUAUGUUUCUGCAGAAAUUCAGAUUCUCAGUGGGCUCUGGAAACUGCCAGUCAGCUUUGUUUAUCCCCCAAUCAGCAGGACCAAGAGCAUUGUUUUAAAAAUAAAUGCAGCAUGCACACACAUUUGAGAACCAAAUGCCAUUUGGUACUAUGUAGCUUAAGGCUACUGGAAGUCUUUAUUUCCUGAUUUUAAAAUGAAUGUUUUAUGGAAGAUUCUCCCCUCACCCCCCUGCCUAUUUAGCCUAUGUAACUUUCAUAACUUUGAGGGCAUAAUCCUGCAGUUAUGUCGGCAAAACUGUACCUGCCUGCAGUGGCUGCUGCUCAGAGUAUUGCCUGAAUGAGGCCUCUCAUCGUGUACCUUGUAUUACAGUCUCACACAUGCAGUGUUUGCUUAGUGUAAGAGUCUCUUACUGGGGGUUCCUAUAGGAGGUGGGCAAAACACACCAAACUACAGAUUUUUUUUACUUUAAUAACUUUUUAUUGAACCACUUCACCACGCUAUAUUGUGAAGGUUCUAAACCACCUAUUCAUAAAUCACAGCUUUUACAAAAAGCAGCACAAGAAGACAAAGGGGAACAGACUGACAAUGGCAAGUGAAUAAACACAAACUCCAAUAAUGAAAUGUUGGCUUGUAUAUACUGGCAUUUAAAGUCCAUUCCAUAAAAUGUAAUAAAGUGAAUGUUUGUGAUAUGAAC